AUGUCACUGCUCCUCCGAAGCUGUUAUCUGAGGCGGGCCCUCAUCGCUGCGCAGGUCCUUUUCCUCGCCCGGAUACCCUGCUACUUCUUGUCUCCUGAACAUCUAUUCCUCUCUAUUAUUAUUAUUAUUUUAUCGUGGUUAGUUCGUGUUGUGGGCAUGGUAUAGCGGGUGUGCUAGAGGUGUGCAGUUUCUGUUUCUCUGCCCAGUAGAGGGCUUCUCAUGUGGCAGCGAUCUUAUGUUCAUUUAUACUGGUUGCACUGAUGAAAAUGAUUAAAAUUUUGUACCUUCUUGUUGGUGGGGUCUAAUCGGUGUGAGGAACCAUUAAGCCUGCUCUUUGGAUCUCAUGUGUCCUGCAGCGAUUGGGAUUUUUUCGAGGUCCAAAUUUUCGGCGUUUAUAAUUUUGAUUUUUUUUUUGAAUUUCUCUUAUCCACAUAAGUUUGUACUUCGCGCAGGUCGUCAAUCAUGGAAUUGCAGAGUCUAGACUCUUGUUGCGCAGCUUCUCUAAAGGUACCGAGAGAGAGGGAGGCGGAGGGAAAAUAUCUGGCCACUUCUCUUUUUGUACACCUUUUCAUUGUGUGACACGAUUAUUCUUUCAAUGGUCGCCACUAAGCUUCAUUAUAAUCAGUGAGUGUCUAGUUUCAUCAUGGGGACCUGAGUACCAGUGAUGGAUUCUGGAAUACAGGAACAGAAUUUUGAAGGAUCAAUGUGUCAUAGACAGUGGAACCUAAUGUUUGACUUUGGUUCAAUAUUCUUUCAUUAAAAUAUGUUACUCUACACCAAAUUUUGACGUCAUAUAUGCUGUAUUUUGAUAAGCAUGCAAAAUGAUUCCAGUCUGUUUUCUUUGGGCUCAGUACUCAGCUUCUAUGAUUAAAUUUAUUCUAGUUCUCGACUUUCCAUUUAUUCUCGUCUCCUCCAUUGAGCUCUCGGACAUGGAUCCUGAGAGUUAACGUUAUCACCUUUUCAUCGUAUAAAGAGACAGAUUCCUUGGUUCUUGUGUUCAUCUCUUUUUCUGAAUCAAGUGCUGAAGGCUUUUUCUGAAUUAAAGCAUUCUCUUUUUUCCAGAUUUCUUCUCUCUCUAAGCAUUUAAUGUAUGUCGACGUGUGUGGAUGUUCCUUGAGAAUAUAUCUUGGAUAUUCCUUGAUAUUUCCUCAUAUGGAAAGCAUUUAAUAGUCUUUUGAACUUGCCCACAAAAUAUGCCAUUCCAAAUGCACAAGUCUCGAGUGUCUGUCGGUGGUUGUAUGGAUUAGCAGGGAAAAUAUGACCGACGGUGUUAAAACACUUUAUCCUACAGAAAUCUUCAUUACUGUUCUCGUUCUCAAAGACUAGUAAAGUUGGGAUCUCUUGUGAAUAUGUUCAUUAAAUGAGUAGGGUUAAUGCCUCACCUAUUUCAUUCCAUUUUCUCUAUCAUUCUUUCCUGGUUUCGAUCAAAGUCGAGUAUAUGCCCUUGUAAGGUGUGCGACAUUGAGCCUGAAUGGGCCUGAAGUGAUUGCAAUGAGUAAAUUCUUCCGAGAAGACAAUGGUCUAAUCCAUAACAUACAUUCAUUAAACUUGGACUAACUAAGAACAAUAUGAGACUGUUUGCUGCUCCACAAUCAACUCCUGACGAUUUUCGACUAAUAUCUUGCUCAAGAUAGUUGCUCCCAAUGGAUCAAAUAUCAUUCUAGCUUUCUUUGACUAUUAAUAAAGCUAUGUGCCUGUGUGUUAUGCAGUCAGGCAUCAUUUUCAUCUUUUCUCUUAAUUGGUUCCACAUUCAUCUCAAGUGUAAAAUGUUAUUGUCUCGUGCUUUGAUCUGCCUUUUUUUAAAGACUUGGGCAUUUGAUUUGCUCUUAAACUGAAGUUUCUCAUCCUAUAAUUGUUUUUUUUUUCUUGGAAGGGAGAAAAAAAUGUAAGCCAGAUGGGAGUGACUCUGGAGAAGAGAACUUGUCCAAGAAAGAUCUGGCUCUUCAGCUAGCCUUGGAUCAGAUUACAACUUCGUUUGGAAAAGGGGCUAUCAUGUGGCUUGGUCGCUCUCAUACCCAGAAGGACGUCCCUGUUAUAUCUACCGGAUCGUUUGCUUUGGACAUAGCUUUAGGGAUUGGUGGUCUUCCCAAGGUGACUUGUCUUCUAGAUAUAUCCUCUUUUGAUCGGAUUCUUGCGAUUCUUCAUUGAUCUACCUCCGAGUUGAAUUUAUUGAUGUGACUAAAAGCAAAGUCUUAACUACCUUAUGUUUUUGGUACUGCCUUAUGUUUGGUUUUUUGCAUUUGACAUGUAGUUUGCAAAAUUGUCAUGAUCCAGAUCAAUAAAAUCAAGUUGGAAUCAGUCUUUGGGGGAGAGGUUGUGUGAACAUGCUAAUUUAUUUAUUUUGUUUUUUUUUGUAAGAAAAGGUAAAUCAUAUUUAAUUGGUUAAAACAGAACGCAACUGGUAAAACUGGAGAAUUCUAGUUUGCAUUGCUGUUUCAACCAUAAUUGUACAGCUUGUGGGUUGUGAAAUCUGAAAGUGGGACAUCUCCCAUUGGGUGUGAGUGGGUUGAACGACUAUUACUAUUUCCAACACAGACUGAAGUUCCCCUGGCUUCUUUUUCGUGAAGCAUACGUAACACAGCAAUGAAGCUUAAAUCAGUCACCUCUAGAAGUUUUGAACCGUGAACUUCAGGCAUUCCUUUUGCCCUUUGAUGCAUUUUACUUUCCAUAUCGAUUGAGGUUGAGUUAUCCUGGUAGUUUGGUUCUUUCUGUCACUCUAAAACAGACCAUUCGAUGACACAGGGACGGGUGGUGGAAGUGUAUGGUCCAGAGGCAUCAGGGAAAACUACUCUCGCCCUUCAUGUCAUCGCAGAGGCACAGAAGAAUGGAGGUGAAUUCUUGGAAUCCUUAUUAAACCCUUGAUCAUCGUAAGGGCCAAAUAAUCUCUGGGCGUGGUGGUUUUUGAACUAGAUGAUAAUAUUCUCAAGCUUAUGGCUCUGUAAGCAUGCAAAAGUGGGAUAAGAAGACAAAUGAAAGAUAAUCAUUGAUGAGAAAACUUAUAAAAAGCAUCAUCAUGGAUUUAUCGCUACAACUGCAAUCUGCAUUACAUAUUUGGUCUGCAACAAUCUAUUUUCUAUGCUGCUAUUGGUUUUCUUCUAAAUUAUUGAUCCGCAUCAACAGUCAUUCAUCUGUAUUCUUUCUCUAUUACUGUACCAACACCGGAAGAAUUUUGUGUUGGAUGCAUGUCCAAUGAGGACAUGCAUCUGUAUUCUUUCUCUUUGAAUUAAUGGUGCUGUUCUCCAAUGGGUUUUACCAGUAGCUAUUCCCACUCCAUAUUGCCCUUCAUACAGGCAUCCAAUCAUAUCAUACCAAUUCAUAAGCCAAAAUGACCAUAACAGCGUUGUGGAAGUCUCUCAGAAAGGGAAUUCCCCAUGUAACUGGCAUUUUUCUUUCCUAUAUAACCCAUCGUUAAGAAUGUAAGCAUGGCUAAGUUGACGAACCCAUCAAGAUAUCGUGAGGCUGAUCUUUCAGUAUUUGUCACAAAGUGGUGCAUGAGCGAAACUGUGCGUCUUAUGAUGGCGAGUCUUCAGUUCGGAACCCAGAAAGGCAUGUUUCAAAAAUAAAUAAAUCAUAAUAAUAAUCAUCGUAUUAUAUUUUUACCUGCACCAUCAUUCGAUUUAUUGGGAGUCCAGAAAGGCAUGAUUGGUUGUUGAUGCCUUUUACCUGGCGCAGCAGAAAGGCAUGAGAUUUUCUGGGUUGGGUGGGGAAAUGAUUGCUUGCUUGCUUGCUUUGGGGGGAAAAUUGAAUCUUGGAGGUUUCACCGAAGUUAGGGUUCACAGCGCUCCUAUCGUCGUGGAGCAUUGUGAUUACUUUUUCAUUUAUUACUUUGCAUCGUAUUAAAUUAAUGUUUUUAUUUUUUAUUUUUUUUAUGCAGGCUAUUGUGCGUUCAUAGAUGCCGAACACGCUCUUGAUCCUGCGUUGGCUGAGGCUAUCGGUGUGAAAACAGAUAAUUUGCUCCUUUCACAGCCCGACAGUGGAGAGCAGGCACUGAGCCUGGUGGACACCCUCAUUCGAAGCGGCUCAGUUGAUGUUGUUGUUGUGGACAGUGUAAGAGCCCGCGCCCCCACAUAUAGACCGAUCAGGAUUUUCUUACCUUUUGAGCUUUAUUAUCUACCGGAAAUAAGUGAUUCAUGAGGAUGAUGUACCAUUCACAUUUACCUGUUUAUGGCGAGCCGGUGACGUUAUCUAUGGUUCAUCUCAUUUAUAUAUAUAUUUAUUUUAUUUUAUUUUUCUUGGAUUUACCUUGGAUUAUUAGAAGCCAUAAGCAGCAAUCUUUGGUGGGUCUCGUGCGACGCGCAGGUUGCCGCUCUGGUUCCAAAGACGGAGCUUGAUGGUGAGAUGGGGGACGCGCAUGUGGCCCUCCAGGCAAGACUGAUGAGCCAGGCUCUUCGCAAAUUGUGCCACUCCCUCUCUCUGUCGCAAACCAUCUUGAUAUUCAUCAACCAGGUACGAUUUUUCUCUCUUACUCCAGUGGAGGGUCCCUUCCUCCCCCCUCAACAGUCUCUUUCAAAAGAAUUUCUUAAUCUUACCAUGGCAUCAUUCAUAUGAGAGAGAGAGAGAGAGAGAGAGAGAGAGGGCAGCUGUUCUGUGUUCAGAACAGCUAUUUCUGGCAACAACUGGGAGAUGUUGGUAGUUACUUCAAGUAGUGAAGUGUACAGUUGUCUUUCAUCCAUCCGGGUGCAUUCAUGGUUGUGUGCUGACUGCUCGUUCGGAUUUCAGGUGAGAUCGAAGGUGAGCACAUUUGGGGGAGGGUUCGGGGGCCCCACCGAGGUCACCUCUGGCGGCAACGCCUUAAAGUUCUACGCUUCCAUCCGCCUGAACAUCAAGAGGAUUGGGCUCGUCAAGAAGGGCGAUGAGGUGAGCGCUGCUGCAAACUCCUUUUUUUUUUUUUUUUCUUUGCCAAAAAUUAUGAAUUUUGUGGUCAUAUCUGAACCGGGGAGCGGGAGAGGGGGGAGAAAAAAAAAGGAAGAAAAGAUUUCCUCGUCUUGUGGGUGUAGUUACAGUCGCGAAUUUUUCUUUUUUUUUUAGUUGGGUUCUUUAGUCUGAUUCAGAUUAUGAAUGUUGUGAUCUAAUCCGCGAAGAGGGGAGCGGGAGAGGGAAAUAAUAUAUAUAUAUAUAUAUAUCCUCGUCUUGCAGGUGUAAUUUCAGUCGUGAAUUUAUUUAUUUUGAGUUGUGUUGUUGUGUUUUUUUAAUCUGAUUCAGAUUAUGAAUGUUGUGAUCAUCCUGGACUGCGAAUGAAUGAAUUAUACUAGCAGAAAUCGCAGUUCUUGGGGGGAAAUGGAAAAUUUUCUCCAAUAACUCAUGGAAUCGUGAAUUGUAUGAACGAUUCAUGAGUGGAGUCUUGGAUCUUUGGGUGUGUUUGCAGACGGUGGGGAGCCAGGUGCUGGUGAAGAUCGUGAAGAACAAGCACGCCCCUCCAUUCAGGACAGCGCAGUUCGAGCUCGAGUUCGGUCGGGGGAUCUGCCGGGACUCGGAGAUCAUCGAGCUCGGCUGCCGCCACAAACUCAUCGCCAAGGCUGGCGGCGCCUUCUACACCUUCGCCGGCCGCAGCUUCCGCGGCAAGGACGCCAUCAAGCGCUUCUUUGCCGAGGACGGCGCCGCCGCCAGGGAGCAGCUCGCGGCGGAGCUCCGCCAGAAGCUCGCAGCGCCGCCACCCGGCAGGCCGAGGAAUGGCAGCGGCGGCGACUCGGAGGAGGGGCCCGCCGCCGUCGCCGACGGGACCGAUGAAGAAGAGGAGGUCGUCGUUGCCGCCGUGGAAGCGUGA